AAGCGAACCAAGAUUUAUUAAUUUCAUUCAUAAAUGAGGUUAGGUCCAUUUGGGUCCCAGCAACCCCAAAUUGUUGACUAUUGGGCAAAGGCCUUCCAAAUAUUGGAGAAGGUUAGGACAUGCAUAUUGCUUGAGUGUAGUUCUAUAAUCAUACCUGGGGCCCUUGUUAAAGCCAUAUGGCUUGGGAUGAACAAUGUUAAUCUGCUGAUACAGUCCACUCCUCCAGUAGCUAAGGAACGAGUUUGUGAAAAAUCAAAAGAUGAAAUUAGCUAACUUUGCUUUGUUAUGAAUUCAAGAGGUGAAAUAAACAGUUGAUUGAAAGACACGAAGACAAAGUGCUGAGGUUCAUCCAAGCGGAUGAAAAGCCUAAUGGCGGGCAGAUCAGUCUGUUACUCUUCUUGAAUAGUCGUCGACACGUUGGCAAGUGAAGCAGGUGUGGUACAUCCACGACCCUUGUAUAUGAAGCUUCGUGGGCAUUUCUUACCUACCCCCUUUUUUUUUUAUAGAUUUUACUUAGGUUAACACUAAAAUGAACUUUUCAAGUCAAAUCCUAUCAAAUCAGUAGCUUAUGCUUUGAAUGAUCAGAGUGACUUUUAGGAACAAAUUGGGUUAUGUUUAUGACUAAUAAUCUCUGUGGCUGUAC